AUGAUUGACCCGAAGAUCGGAUCAUACCAGGAUUGCCAGGAACAUUUCGCACUCAAUCGGGCAGCCCAAGGGCUUUUAAUGCACAGCACUGGUGCCCCCUCACGUGGACACAAAACCUCACCUUCAAUAAACAUUACACGAUGCCACUUGGGUGGAAGGAAAGCUCCCAUCCCGAUCGAUGGGCGCGGCGUCGAAAUCAUCGCCGAUCAGUCACCCCUCCCUCUCAGGCUGCAUCAUCUCAUGAGCCCUCUGAGGGGCGGCCACACCGCCGCCGACGACGACGACGACGCAUGGUGGCUUUAG